CCCGCCCGGCCGUACUGCGUGUUGGCGAGUAAUGGAGCGCCUCCCUGUGUGUGUGUAGCUCGGAGCGACUUGGUCCUCCAGGUCGCAUCAACACCCGGGAUGUCGAGCGUAGAAACCGCGGCGGAGCACGAGCGGAUCCUACGGGAGAUCGAAAGCACCGACACCAACUGUAUCGGGCCUACCCUCCGGUCAGUGUACGAUGGAGAGGAGCAUGGUGUGUUCAUGGGGAAGCUGGACGGGAGGAUCCGGAGCCAUGACCGGGACAUUGAGAGGAUGUGUAACCACCACUUUCAGGGCUUUGUGGACUCCAUCACUGAGCUGCUCAAAGUCCGUGGAGAGGCACACAAACUCAAGAGUCAGGUGACAGAGACAGACCGACGCCUCCAGCAAGAUGGGAAAGGGCUGAUGGCUUCUAUGGAGGAACUAAGACAAUGUCGUAUACAGCAGAAAAACAUUGCUAGCACCAUUGACAAGCUACAAAUGUGUCUACCUGUUCUGGAGAUGUACAGCAAACUACAGGAGCAGAUGGAGGCCAAAAGGUACUACCCAGCCCUGAGGACCCUGGGCCAGCUGGAGCAGACCUGUCUGCCCAGAGCCGGACAGUACCGGUUCUGUGGUCUGAUGGCCGACAGCACCCCCCUACUCCGCUCCCAAAUCAGAGACACGGCCAUGACCCACCUCCGAGACUUCCUCGAGAGUAUCCGCAAGCACUCUGACAGGCUGGGGGAGACCGCCAUAAAACAGGCCCAGGUGCAGCGAUCAUUGGACAGCUCCACCUCCGUACAUCCCAGGGCCCUGAUUGGCCGACGCAUCAGGAAGGAGUUGUCGUUAGGGGCGGGGACCGAGAGUAACGGACAGGGGGGCAGUCCACUGUCGGAGCAGGACUCUGGGAUCCUGGACGUAGAAGAUGAUGAGGAGGAGGAGGAAGAGGAGAUACCAGGUGCUCAGGACUUGGUGGACUUCUCUCCGGUGUAUCGCUGUCUUCACAUCUACACGGUCCUGGGUUUGCGUGACGUCUUUGAGAACUACUACAGGAAGCAGAGGAGGAAACAGGCGCGGCUCGCCCUCCAACCACAGUCUAACAUGCAUGAAACACUGGAGGGAUACCGCUGCUACUUCAAUCAAAUAGUGGGGUUCUUUGUGGUGGAGGACCACAUCCUCCACACCACUCAGGGACUGGUCAACACGGCCUAUGUGGACGAGCUGUGGGAGCUGGCCCUGUCCAAGACCAUCGCAGCCCUCAGAACACACUCUUCCUACUGUGACGACCCCGACCUGGUACUGGACCUGAAGAACCUCAUAGUCCUGUUUGCUGAUACACUGCAGGGCUAUGGGUUCCCAGUGUCCCAGCUGUUUGAGCUGAUGUUGGAGAUGAGAGAUCAGUAUGGAGAGAUCCUACUGAAGAAGUGGACACAAACCUUCAGGCAGAUCCUGGACCAGGACAACUACAGUCCAAUCCCCGUAGCAACGGAACAGGAGUAUAAAAACUACACUUCCCAGUUUCCCUUGCAGGACCCGGAGCUGGACAAGGCUGCGUUCCCCAAGAAGCUGCCGUUCUCCGAGCUGGUUCCCAGGGUCUACUGCCAGAUCAAAGAGUUCAUCUACGCCUGUCUCAAGUACUCUGAGGACCUGCACCUCAGUUCUACAGAGGUAGAUGACAUGAUACGCAAGUCCACCAACCUGUUGCUGACGCGGACACUCAGCCACUGUCUUCAGAACGCCAUCAAGAAGAGGAAUGUUGGCCUGCCAGAGCUUGUCCAGGUGAUCAUCAACUCCAGCCACCUGGAGCAGGCCUGUACCUUCCUGGAGGAGUUCAUCUCCAACCUGACCAACGUGCCCCCGGACACGGCCAACUCCACCCAGCUGUACGGCACCUCUACCUUCAAGGACACCCGGCAUGCGGCGGAGGCGGAGAUCUACACCAACCUCAACGCCAAGAUAGACCAGUUCUUGCAGCUGGCGGAUUACGAUUGGACCACCGCCGCGCAGGGGGGCGGAGCCAUGACGCCCAGCGACUACCUGACUGACCUCAUCACCUUCCUGCAGAGCACCUUCACGGUCCUCACAAACCUGCCGGGGAUGCCCGUCGAACACGCCACGCUGCCGGGUAAAGUGGCCCAGACGGCCUGCAUGUCUGUGUGUAAGCACAUCAGCAACUCUCUGCUCCAGCUGCUGCUGGACCCGGACGUCAGGAGCAUCUCUAUAGGAGCCCUACAUCAGGUCAACACGGACCUGCUGCAGUGCGAGAGUUUUGCCAGAGCCGGGCCGGUGACGGGCUACCAAGGAGACACGUUGAUUCUGGCCUUCAGUGACUUGAGACAACUGCUGGAUCUGUUCACUCAGUGGGAUUGGUCCAGCUACCUGGCCGACUACGGCCGGACAACCAGCCGAUACGUCCGCGUUAACCCCCACACGGCUCUGCUGCUGCUGGACAAGUUAACUAAGCCAAUGAGAGAAAGUGGGAAGAGGAGCACCAUGUUUGCUCAGUUCAGGAAGACGGACCGCGACCGGCAGAAGCUGAUCGACGCCGUCAUCCGCCAGCUCCGCACACUCAUCGCCCAGCAACAAGCCUAGAACAAGCCUUAUUGGUCAUCACGCUUAGAAAGAAGCCAUCUUAUUGGUCACUACGCUUUGAACCAGCCCUCCUAUUGGUCACAAAGCUUAGAACAAAGCAUUCCCAUUGGUCCUCUGGGUAAAACAAGCCCUCCCAAUGUACUAUUGGUGAAAACAUGCCUUCCUAUUGGUCAACAAACUCUGUAACAACAGCUGAUUGGCUGGCCUCCUAACUCUGCAUGCAUGAAAAGAGCGAUCUGAUUGGAAAACAGGAGCACACCAGUAGAAAGCUCUUUGGUUGGUUUAACACACUUCGCUGCUGUGGUUGGUGUGUGUGUGUGUGUGUUGUCUAAAGAUACACCAGGUUAGCAACCAUCCCAUAAUAGUCUAGGCAUGUCAGCACUGGGUUACAGCCAACCUGUUGAGUUCCUCUCAAUGACAUAAUUUACCCUUGGUGAACUUCCUCCUUAUUGAAGCGCAGCCCAGAUUAUGGGAUACAGUAUAGUUUUUGUGGGUUUUUGGAUAAUGUAGACCAAACUACUGUAGUUCAGAGUCCCUAAUUGUAGACUGGACUCAUAGUAUGGUUCAUGGGUCAGAUUUGAUUAGAUGAGAUUAUAUAACAUGACAUGAGAUUAAACUCCUGUUCUUCCUCAAAAACUUUGAGACAAUGCUUCCUCUGCCAGAUUCAUGGAUGUCUUCCAUACUGUCUCUGUGUUUGUGUGUGUGUGUGUGUGUGUGUGUGUGUGUGUGUGUGUGUGUGUGUGUGUGUGUGUGUGUGUGUGUGUGUGUGUGUGUGUGUGUGUGUUAACGUUUUGGGACAUGUGUAAUUGAGAUCAAAAGGGAAAGUUAGUCUUAUUGUGCUCCGAUUGAAUCACAAAGUCAGACGUCUAUAUUUAGUUUGAUUCUGUGCAGUUUUUUGUGAGCGCUUUUGUAUGCAUGUGAGCAGUGUUUAUACCUUGAUGUUGACGUGUGUGUGUGUGUGUGUGUGUGUGUGUGUGUGUGUGUGUGUGUGUGUGUGUGUGUGUGUGUGUGUGUGUGUGUGUGUGUGUGUGUGUGUGUGUGUGUGUGUGUGUGUGUGUGUGUGUGUGUGAGAGAGAGAGUGCGAGUGAGCACACUUUAGCUGCCUUAGCUGAACUUGUGAGGUCCGCUAAUAUGAUUGUCCUUAGCAGCCAAAUAACAAAAGCGUACCCUCCCACUGCUAGUCACAGUUCCCUAGCCAUCAUUAAUUCAUCAUUAAUUCUACAACAGUGCGCUAACUAACCUCACCGCACAAGCUAAUCCAGGGCUAACUACCAUAGUCAAACAGCUAACGCAGCCUACUAGCUCCCACAGUGUUCUAAGCUACAAUAGCCAACUACCACAGUGCACAAACGUACACAUUGCUGACUAACACCAAAUGUUAACUAACAGUGCACUAGAUAUCACAGUACAGUUACUACCACAGUAUGCUCGCUACCACCACGCACUAGCCAAUAGCUACUAAAGUGUGCUAGUCACGAGUGAGCUAGUCACAGAGUACGCUAGCAAUUACAGUUUGCUAGCUAGCUGGCUUGCUAGCACUUGCCACUAGGUAGCUAGCGACCACAGUGCCAGCUGGCAUUACUAUUUCUUGCUCAUUGUCUGUGUUUUAUCCAUGCCGAUCAGUCCUUACUCUAUGUAGCUACACAGGGAGCAGAACCCCUGGCCAUAGUAGUGCCCUGCUCAUCGGCAACUGAGCAAGGUAUCAUCCUUUUUUUGUGCAUUUUGUUUACUUCCAAAAGUUUAUUGAGACAAAAACACUGUACAGCCGGUUUGUUGUUUAUUAGAACCACUAAUGUAUGGAACAAGUUAUAUUGAUGCCAAGCAGAAUCUUCAAAUAAAAGUCUUGAACAGA